GGUACUUACCUAGAUAGGUACCUACCUAGGUAGGUAGGUACUUCGUCACGCCCCACGCCCAGACUAAGGCGCUAUCAGCUGCGGGCUACAGUAGGGUAAUCAGGUAGUCGGAGCAUAUGGCUGUCUCUUCUUCUACACACAUGACACGCCCUGAACUGCCUCACAUUCUUUCGCCUGUAGGCAUCCUUUCAAGACGCAAACCGCCUACCGGAAACCUCGUCUGUGUUAUCCUCUCGGUGCUGGGCUGAGACUGUAUGUAAUUCAUCGCGAUAGUGCCAAUUGUCCCAUCGAUUACACUUCUAAUGAUCGGUUGAUUUCGUUAAAUGGACCAAUAACAAUCCUAGUUGGAACCUGCGGAUGCCAAAGAAUGACGACUCCAACUCGCGACGGUAGCCGAACGCCCCAACCAGGCACCGGCGCUCAACGACCACUGCUCUCGUCCUCGCCUGGCUCGUUUAGAGGUCGAAAUUAUGGCACAUCAGUUCCCAGAGCCGAUUAUACAGCUAGGCUAGCAUCACCCAUCCCGUCUCAAGCCUUUGGGACAUCGCCCUCGCGUCGAUCAUUGUCACCAAGUCGAGGUGAUCCAGCCGCCAUCACUUCAGAGAGUGCUGUACCUCUCGCCGGUAGCUCAGCAGCCGGGGGAGCUAUAGGCCCUGGAAGAUCUGCUCUGGCUGCAGCUUUGUCGAAUUCGGCCGGCCAGUCGCCUCCUAGGUUUGGAACACCACCUGCGCGACCCUUAUCGCCAUCAGCUACCGGGCUACUCCACACUCCUCCGAACGUCGGCUCAUUCGACGCAAAAUCGAGGUUCGCGCAAGACAGUGGUACUGGAGCUUAUGAGGAUCCUGAGAUUGUAAAACGUCAUCUCGUACAACCAUCUGAUGCCCUCGAUUCUGGUUCGGAUACAAACCUGGAUAAGACCAAGGGAAAACAGGUUGGCGAGCCCUCUGAAUCAGCGCAAGAGGAGGAUGAGUUCUACAGUCUCAGGCUGCAAGGUGGUGAUAUUACAAGGCAGAUCUACAGAUGGUCGGAAGAAGCGGAUAGUCGGCGUCGUACGCAGCGAAGCAAGAGCUUCAGUCAUGCGCGAGAGGAACCUGAAAAUGAAGUCCUCGAUAUAAAUACCAUCAAUGUCCCUGGCGGUUUCAGGAGGGACUAUCUUCGGCGAGCAGCACAGAGUCCUGUCGCUACCCCGCGAGGUCUCGAGGCUGGCCACGCAUCGCCCAGGAAUGGAAACGAACCGCAGAUAUUCACCAGUAGUUUUCUAGAGUUCCUAACCAUUUAUGGACAUUUCGCUGGAGAAGAACUCGAGGAAGACGAUGAAGUACUCCGACCUGGAGAAUACUUCUCCUCUGGAGAGGAUUCAGACUUCUACGAUAGCGAAGAUGAGAGGGAGCCAAUGGAAGACAGCACACUUCUCACACCUUCAAAGCGUAGACGACGACGCAAGGUCCGAGGUGGCAGCGGCACGAAUAGCCCUUUCAACGCGGCGCUACUGCUUCUGAAGUCCUUUGUUGGCACAGGAGUCCUGUUUCUUCCCCGUGCCUACUUAAACGGUGGCAUGGUAUUUAGUAACGUUAUCCUCGUUGGCCUUGCGGCACUUAGCUACUAUUGCUUCAUUUUACUCAUCACCACGCGGCUCAAGGUUGAAGGGUCUUUUGGCGACAUUGGUGGAAUCAUCUAUGGCGAAUGGAUGCGGAAGCUGAUCCUUGGUUCUAUCGUGCUCAGCCAGAUCGGAUUCGUUGCAGCGUAUACCGUCUUCACGGCAGAGAAUUUACAGGCCUUCGUUCUCGCCGUGACCAACUGCGGGACUUAUGUGAAGAUUACUUGGUUCAUUUUGAUGCAGAUGGUCAUAUUCCUACCUUUUUCGCUAUUCCGCGACAUCGGAAAGCUUGGUUUCACCGCCCUGAUCGCUGAUGCUUUCAUCAUCAUCGGACUCGCUUACUUAUUCUACUACGACGUUCUCACUUUGAGCACCCAGGGCUUGGCUGAUAUCAUCUUGUUCAAUAAGAAGGAUUGGACACUAUUCAUUGGCACGGCGAUCUUCACGUUUGAAGGUAUCGGCCUCAUUAUCCCUAUUCAAGAGUCGAUGAAACAUCCCGCCAAGUUCCCCAAAGUCAUGUUCAACUCUAUGAUCAUUAUGUCGGUCAUUUUCAUUACAAUGGGUGCGGUAUCCUACGCAGCUUAUGGUUCCAAGACAGAGACUGUUGUCCUUCUUAAUCUACCACAAGACAACAAGUUCGUCAAUGGGGUUCAACUUCUCUAUUCGCUCGCUAUUCUAUUAUCGACCCCGUUGCAAAUUUUCCCAGCAAUCAAGAUUACAGAAAACGCACUUUUUACAAAAAGUGGAAAGUACAACCCGUAUAUCAAAUGGCAGAAGAAUAUGUUUCGGUUUUUCAUGGUGUUCCUAUGUGUGCUCAUCGCCUGGGGAGGCUCAGAUAACCUGGAUAAGUUUGUGGCAUUGGUUGGAAAUUUCGCUUGCAUUCCUUUAACUUUCAUUUACCCACCUCUUCUCCACUAUAAGGCUGUAGCUACGACGAGAUUCCGGAAGGCUUCUGAUAUUGCCCUUUGUAUUUUCGGCUUUGUUGCUAUGGGCUAUGCAACAAGUCUCACGGUGAUCUCGUGGGCGAGCGGCCCAUCGUCGAAGCCUCCAGGAUACUGCGAUACCCGACACCUCUAAGCCAGUCAGCAGCCAACAGGCUAUUAGCAACCUGUUCCCUUCAUGCUGUAUACUAUUUGCAUAGCGGUUUGUUUGGAUUUACCCAGUACCUGUCCAGGUAGCUAGAUGGAUACGUGACACUCGCAUAUGGAGGAAUUGGCUUGAUCCCGCAUUGCAGCAUUAGAUCAUAGAGUAUUCAUGACGCAGAGAUGGAUUGAAGGAUAAUUCUAGAAUGUCAACUACUACAAUUAAUCAACAUGUUUCUAA